GGUAAAAGAGCUGAAGCCAGACAGCAGUGGCUCGAUCUUCCUGGAGCUAGUGCUCUGUGAGGAGGCAGGGUUCCCAGGGUGCAGCCUGAACUGUGGGACCGCUGAGCCCUCUUGUCCCACCAACUUGGGGUAUCCCUCUCACAAUGUGAUGCUUUGACAAGCUACAAACUUCUGACAGAUCCAGGAGUAUUGUAUUUUUGUAAACCCUAAACUCUUGGAGGCUACAAAGAUGUCGCUGGAAGAUAUUCACAUGAACACGCAGGACUUGCUGCAGAAGGAAGAACUAGAUGCUGGAGGAUUUGGAAUGGUUUCUUUAUGUUAUCACAAGAAAUAUGGGCUUGUGGUAUUAAAAACAGUGUAUACGGGACCCCAGCGCACAGAAUAUAAUGCUUCCCUUCUUGAAGAAGGCAAAAUUAUGCGCAAACUAAGUCAUGAUCGGGUGGUGAAAUUACUAGGCAUCAUUCUGGAAGAUGGGAACUACUCUCUGGUGAUGGAGUAUGUGCACAAGGGAAACUUGAUGAAAGUACUAAAAACAUCCACUAUUCCCUUGUCUGUGAAAGGGCGGUUCAUCUUGGAGAUCAUUGAAGGAAUGCUUUAUUUAAAUGAGCAGAGUUUGGUACACAAAGACUUGAAACCAGAAAACAUCCUUGUAGACGAUGACUUUCACAUUAAGAUUGCAGAUCUUGGCGUCGCCUGCUUUAAAAACUGGAGUAGACUGACCAAAGAAGAGACCAGCCGGCAGAGGAAAAUCAAGAGCAAUUCCAAGAGCGCGUCCAGGAGCGCCGCUGGCACUCUUUUCUAUAUGGCCCCGGAGCACUUACUCUCAGUUAACACAAAACCUGUGGAGAAGUCAGAUGUUUACAGUUUUGGCAUAGUGCUCUGGGCAAUUUUUGCCAACAAAGAGCCAUAUGAAAAUGCUAUAAAUGAAACACACAUUUGCUUUGGCAUCAUGAAUGGGAACAGGCCAAAUACAGAAGAUAUUAAAGACAGUUGUCCAAAGGAAAUUAUCGACUUAAUGAAGUACUGUUGGCAACAAGAGCCAGAAAAUCGGCCGACCUUUUCAGAAAUUAGUCAGAAAUAUAAGCCAUUUUACUGUGAGCAACUAGAAAAAGAUGUUGAAGAUGACUUGAGAAAGAUAAAGAAAGUGUACCCUGGGCCAACUGAACUUGUGAAAAGGAUGCAGUCCCUUCAGAUAGACUCUGUCGCAGAAUCUCCAAAUAAUGGACAUGCACAAACAGAUCAGCCCAAUUCCCUACAUAGCUCUCAGGGUCUCAUGACUGGCAAUAUGGAUGAAGCCAUGUUUGCUCCCUUUCCGGCAAACCAGCCUGUCGAGAGCUGUGAGACCUCCUUUGAGGCCUCUAUGGGCCUAGAAAGAAAACUGCAGGAUGAAUUAAAUUAUCAUAAGUAUGGCAGUCGGAUGGAUAAUUCAGAAAGCCAACCUGUGGUAUACAGUGCUGAAAAGAGAGAGGAGGAAAGAAGACGAAGGGUGUCCUUUGAUCCAUUUGCAACUCCACCUGCUGCUUCACAGAUGUAUGAAUCAUAUCUGAAAGCUGAAAGCACAGGGUCAAAAGCCAGUCCCUAUAGUAACAUGACCAAUUACAGUCAUUUACAACAACCACCACCACCAGCUGCAGCAACUCCAAUAUGGGAAAAUGUACCAUACAAUCCAAAUAUUACGCAUGGGACAAGGCCUCUAGAUCCAAUAAUAGGAUGUCCAGAGGAUCUCUAUGGAUCAAAUUCAGCCAAUACAUUUAGUCUGAAUAAACCCCCUGUGCCUGAAUCUGGCCUAGACCAGCAUCCACAAGCAUCCACACCUUUGUUUCCAAAGAGCCCGAAUACAGAGACAGGCAAAAUGGAAUCCAAUCCUUUUAAGAAGGGGAAUUUUGCAUAUACUCCUACUACACCUGUACAACACAAAAUAAGUACAGAUGAAACUGCAAAAUACACCAUAUAUAACAGUACCGGAAUUCAAAUUGGAGCCUACAAUCACAUGGAGAUUGAAGAACAGAAUCUAUAUGUAAGCAGUGUUCCGGUCAACACGCAAAACACUUAUGCACAUUAUGAAAACAUGGGUAUAUUUGAUAGCACCUCUAUCCUCUCUGAAAAACAGCUGAAUCUAGUGAGAGAGAACUUGGCUAAACAGUGGAAACACUGUGCUCGUAAACUGGGCUUUAGUGAGCCACAGAUUGAUGAAAUUGACCAUGACUACGAACGAGAUGGACUCAAAGAAAAAGUUUACCAAAUGCUGCAGAAAUGGGUUAUGAGUGAAGGCUACAAAGGGCCUACAGUAGGAAAGCUGGCCAGAGCCCUCUAUGACUGCAAGAGAAUAGAUCUUCUUAAUGAUUUGAUAAAAAAGAACCAGGAGUAGGCGAACUGGAAACUUGGUGGGAAUGGCUGUGAUAUUUUAUCUGAAGAUCCUCUUACUGACAACAUGAAACAAUCUUGUAAAAGUGCUGCAUGAGACGCCUGUCAAGAAUAUGCACAUAUUUCUGUCAAGCAGUAUACAGUAUCCUGUAGCUCAAAGCAUUUAAUUUUUUAAAAGACAGGACAACUAUGAAAAGCCUGUCCUCAGGAGGGGAAAAAAAGAAGCUCUUCCUUUUACAGUGAAGAUAAUAGGUUAUCUAAUAAACUUUGUCCGAGGACAAAAAAAGCUAAAACAAAAUCUGAAUUAUGUAUGAUAUGAGAAAUAACGUGGAAGGGAAGGGAUUGGCAAGGGGGGGCGGGGAUUUGGAUCUAAUUUUUUCACAGAAUUUUUGGACGGCUACCUCGAAGCAUGCACGUAGCUGUGUUUAAAGUGCCUUCAUUUCUGCCUAAAAGAAGCCUGGCAUUUACGCAAAACUCACAUCAAUGAGAGUGUAUCAUGGAUUUUGUCACACCACAUUUAAGCCCUGGAUUGAAAACAAAACCAAACGCCUCAACUCUUCUAAGUACAGCCAAUAUCCACAGGAGAGCGUCAUAACUCGGAUUGCCUUAUAUAGAUUCAUCACCUUAUUUUUUUUAAAUGCCCUUUUUAUAACUGUAAUAAAAAAUAAAUUGUAUAAUAAAAAUACAGAAGUAUAAAAAGAUACAAAGUAUUGGUGUAAGAGCAAUAAUAAUUAUCAAGUAUAGAAACCACUGUGUAAAUUGACAUUAGAAGAACUGUCUUCUCACAGGAUUAUGAUAAUGUGUUUAUUAUUAUUUAUGUAGUUUUCAUUCUGUGAUGGGAGUAAAUUCAAGACUGUAUGCUUUUGAAAAGGGAAAGGAAAACUAAUAUGUACCUAAGCCAAAGCAAAGACUUGGAAACUUGGAAAGUUUGGAAAAUCUGUCAGACAUUUCAUUUCAGGCUAAUUAACCAGAAAUGGAGGCAUGAACUUUCUAGUCACACUGGAGAUAGAGCAUACAAAUUACAGACUUUCUUGGAGUAUGGAACCCACAAGGAAAAAUUAUUGGCCCACAAAUUUGCAUGCACUAACUAAGAAUAAUUAGACCAAACUACUCCUUCUUUGAAGGGCAGUGGCUGUGACCUCAACCAAAACCACAAAUAUAUGAACUUCCAUCAAACUUUUUGGAUCAGAUAAUUCUCCUUUUGGCUGUUGAAAUGUGACAAAAAUAAUUAUCCUAUCAUGACAAAAAAGCUAAUAUGAAUUCUAAUAAGUCUUAACAGGCUUUGAACCCCACUACCUUUGAAAUAAGAAGUGGACAUACUCUGCAAUUGGAGGUGUGAUUGCAGUGUGGCUAGGCCUACCCAUGCUAGUUUUAAUCUAGCCUAACUAAAAAUAGCAGUGUAAAUGUGGUGGCACAGGCUUCAGUGCAGACUAGCAAU